AUGCUCAAAAUAUACAAGGAGACUAGGGUCGACACGCGACAAACCGCACCGGCAUCAAUUGUAAACAUCCCAAUCCCAUCCUCCAGCAACGGUCACAGCAACCCUCAACAGCGACGUACCAAAUUCUCCCUCUUACCGUCGACUUCUAAUACAGCGUACUCAGAUUACACGACGAAGGAUGAAGACGCAUUCGUGAAGCGCUAUCUAGCCUCACAGGGUGCAGUCUAUUUCCGCCAGCGGAAAACAUACCCACGCAGCUUCCUCUGGCGAGUCGUAGGCGGCAACGAUGAUGGCAACGAUAGGUUUCUCGAGAUCAAGUCUGUGGACUUGACAAAAGGUGCUAGCGAGUCGACGACUACGGGAACGACGACCUCUGCGACGAACAAUAGCAACAGUAACAACCACCCACAACCACAUCAUGAGGCAAACCUACUACUACGGCUCGAGUUCCCGGAGAAGAUAAUACCGCACGGCGUUGCGCUGGCGGAUUCGGAGGAUCAUGAAGUUCUGAGUUUGUUCGUUGUCACGAGGGAUAGGCACUUGUACACCAUUAGUCUACGGCAGGAGUUCUUUAGACGGGUCGCAGCGAUUGAUGAGAACGUGCCCGAUUGGUGUAAAGUGAGCUGCCCGGCGCCGUUGGCAUUUGCGCAUCCUCACCGCUUGCAUGCGAGCAGUCCCCAAGAAUUGUUUAUUUCUUUGGAUAGUGGGGCCCUUUUGAGGUUGACGAGGAAAGCAGGUGAUGACGGAUCAAAUUGGUCUGCGAUCACCUUCGAUGAGAAGCCAUGGGGCUCCUCGCUGCGUGGACUCGUUAAAUGGAAUGGUCACCAGCAGAUACGCUAUGACGGGCGAGUUUUGGAUCCAAAUACUUCAAAUGCAAUUGCCACAACCUCUGACCAUGCCUUCGUGUUCGUCGUCGGCCUCAAUCAUACAUUAAAGAUUUGGAAUUUGGCAAGCCAUAAGCUGGCUGCAUCGAGGGAUUUAUUAAACCGGACAGGCCAACAGCAAGAUGUUGCACCUGCAACGCUGAAUCCGUCUGAGUCUGCAUUUAUUCGCGUUUUCAAUGCUGAAAGGGCGAUCGAGGGUGAAACAUAUUAUGCCGUCACUUACUCACCUCUUGACGACGGCCAGUUUAAAUUUUGGGUUGUGAAGGGUGGGUUGGGAUCGCAAUUGGAGGUAGAAGAUCUUUUUCCAGACUCCAAAUUGAAACCUGUGGACCCGGACCCUUCAGGCAGUGUGUUUUGGAAUAUUGCAGAUUUUCAAAUAAAGUCUAUGGAAGAAGGAAGACAUAUGGUCCUUUGGGUACUCUGGAGAAACAACAACCUCUAUCAAGUUUACAGCCUGCAUUUUAACCUGGAUGAUUUGGAAUCGGCAUGGCGCCGUAAUUGGACCGGAAUGGCCUUAGAGACAAGCAGUGACGAACCGCCCCCGAGUUUCCUGUUAUCUGACAUUGCGGAUCCCGCGGAGAAAUGGCUGGAGUAUCUUUUCUGUCCCGGCAGAUACUCUCAUGAAAUCCUUGCGACAUCUCUUGCUAUUUACCAGGAUGCGAUGAAAAUCAAACCGACACCUAGAAACAACAAAAAAUUUACUCCCCUCCAGCAACAGCUCUACUCGACCAUUUCGGAAUCGGUGACACUCCGAAAAUUCAGCGAGGCUGGAGUCGACUAUACAAAGUAUCGACGAGAAACAGAUACCAAAUGGCGGCAGUUUUGGCAGAUUGCCGAUGACCUGAAUGGAAAACGAAACGAGGCGAUCUCACUAAGUUAUGACGCGUUUACGGAUAUUCCAUGGCUACUCUUUUCUGAUGGGUGUUGCCUUAUCCGGGAGUGUAGCGGCACAGAGCUUGUCGUCCACAAUGACGGCCAUGCGUUAAGAGAUCAUAGAAGAACGUUGGAAGACUCUUUACAUCAUAGAAAUUUGGACAAGGAGUUGAGAGACUCAGAUCUGGCGGCGGCACUUAUUGCAGCUGCUGCAUCAUUUAGAAAGAAAUUCACUCCAGAGCUCAGUCAUGCCUGCGCAACCGCAUUAAAUGCGGAGCUUUUUACCGAGCCUUCUCUAUCGGCGGCCCAGCGGAUUGCUGCGUUUCAUGCACAGAGUAAAUUCGCCGAGCUCAUUACAGAUGAUAUGUUUGAUAGCAUGUUUGCGAGUGUUGAGAUAGCCAUCGGGUUUAAAAAGCUCACCACCGAACUCUUUCUUUCAAUUAUCGAUACGAUGCCCCUUGGAUUCCCGGGGAAGGAUUCUGAACUUCUAUCGACAGAUUUUGGGCGGAUGGUAACUGUUCAGGGCGCUUUGGAAACAAUAAGAUUGAACAAACAAGUUCUAUAUGACCUUCUACUACUGACCGUUUUCGUCGAGACUGAGUUGACCCAGGAAGAUGGCGUGCUGUUUGACGGGGUAGACCUGUUUGUGACCCUGAUUGAGAUGCUAAAAGAAUAUGAGAUGAUGAUCUGGUUGGGAUCAAAUGUUCGACCGUGGCAUGGAAAUCCACCCCAUGGCAGGACAAGCAAUGCGAUGUCACCCGCAGUUCCCGAAGGGACAGGCGCGGACAAAGGAGAGCCCCGAUUAUCCACCAUUCUUGAAGACCUUUUCGCCUGCCAUAUCAAGCCACGCCCGACAUUCGGCGUUCCUCAAACGUUUACCCUCACCCAACAAAUUCGAGACGUGGUGUCUUGGAUCACAAGACAGGGUGAAGUGUCGUUUCCGAAUGUUUUAGUCUUUAUUCAAUGCGACCUCCUGGCUUCGGGUAACAUUGACCUAGCCUCUGACUUCUUACGCUUCCAGCCUAAUACCGCCUGGUCUACUUACGUCAAGGGAAGACUAUAUGUAGCGAAAUCCGAGUUUGAUGCAGCGACUAUCUAUUUCCAAAAAGCUGCGUAUAUCCUUUCUCACGGAAAGGCAGUUGGGAACCUUCAUGAAAUGUCUUCCAACCUUCUUGAUAUAAUAUCCGUCAACAGCUUUUAUAACGGGCUGCCUAAAUACUUUCAGCACAUUCUUUCCCUUUUCGAGCAGGCACGGGCUUUUGCGCAUGUUGCCGAUUUUGCCCGCCUUGCUCUCCAGGCUCUGGAAUCUGACCCAAGGAAAAACGAACCUGACUCUGAUUAUAUAUAUCUCCGGACUGAUCUUCUUUCCCGUCUGUUCCAUGCAUCUCUAAAGACCUGUCGUUUUGAUGAAGCCUACUCUGCACUCUCACGAUACACAGAUGCUGCAUUGCAGAAGUCCGCUCUCACCGCUUUAAUCACCACAAUUCUGGCUGCUUCAGGGCCAGGUAUUGCUGGCCUCCAAAGGAUUCUUCGAUUUCCGAUAUCGUUGGCGCCAAAUCUAGCCUCCCACGUCGACGAAAUCCUCCUAUCGCUCGCGAAGAAACAAUCUACUCACGGUCGAUCACAAGGACAAGCCCUACCCACAGCAACAUCUUGGCAAGAAAAUUCCGAUAUCCCAGAUUACCAGCGCGUUCUCCAAGCCUACCGCGUGGCGCGCAAUGAUAUCCGUGGCGCAGCAGAGGUGUCCUAUCAAGCCGUCCAGCGCCUACGCGAGAUGAGGGAUCGCGGUUUCUACUCGACACGCGCGUUGAUGAUGCGACGAAACGCGAACGAAGCGGCAGCAGCUCAACAUCAGGAAAUUAGUGAGGAAGACUUGGAAAGCAAAAACCUGCGAAAUGAGCUCCUGUCUCUGAUAAACCUUCUUGCAUGUAUGGAUAAGAAUGAAAAUUAUAUCCUAGUCGAGGUUCCUACUCCGCAGCACAACGCUCAUCCACGAGGCGGUAGCAUCAUCAACAAUGCUGCUGCUGCUGGUGAUGAUGAUGAUGGCGAUGGUGAUGAUGGCUCCGCAUUCUUAGAUUCUACCAUGGCGACAAAGUCCCCGCGGACCUCUUUUUCACUGCCGUCCCCCGCGCACGAUGUUACUUAUUCCCCACGCUCAAGUGUUGGUGCGGGUGAGAGGAAAUUAAGCAUAACGUCAUCGCAGCACUCUACAGGCCAGCAAUCAAAGCUUCCUAAACGUAUCAUCGUUACAUUGGAAGAUCUGCGAAAGGAGUACCAAGCGGAAUUAGACCGAGUGAGCAGGAUUGAGAAUGGCGAUUGGGAAUUUGGUUUUGUUGACAGUGGGGCGCCGGAUAUGAACGAUGAUAGUCUGAAUAAUGUGGAAGCGAUGGAUCUUAUGUGAUUUUUUGGUGGUUUUUUUCUGGUUUUUUUAUCCUGCUUAUUUCAGUGGUUUAAAUCACUUAGAGUAUUGUCUUCUUCUCCCUUUAUUGUUUUGACAAAGUAGGUAAGGAUUACGGUACUGCUUGCAACUA